AAACAUAACUUUUUUCAUAGUAGCUAGUAUGGGGUUAACUCUACCCCAGCCAAAGCUAGCAUAAACAAUCAAGUAAAAAAGCAGAUGAUAAAUGGUACUAAAGACUUUUUUCUUUAACUACUACAACACUUCAGUUAGAGCCUUUACCUAAAGGCACUUAUGACUGAAAAGGCUUUAAAUAGGUACAAGAAAAUAAGCCAAAUGUGAAGAGAGCCAGGAAAUAAUACUUACAGAGAACAAAAAAGCUAAACUAACUACCCUAGACCUAAUAUGUUAUCUUCUUAACUAAAGCUACUCCUCUGUUAAUAACUCUACACACAAGCUUCACUACAACACACCUCCAUCCCAACUACCUAAGGUCACACAGACACCACCUCCCCACCAGAUUACUCACCACUCCCUAGCAAGGGCCCUUUAUAUAAACCUACCCUCAGCACAAUGCUCUGGAGGCUGGUCCUAUAAAUAUGGCAAUGGUAAACAGCUGCUGCUUGUAUACACUAAAGAGCUUGAACCAAGAAACUGCUUCUGUCUGGACGCCUGACCGUUGGCCUGGGACAGCCUGGCACUAUGGCAGAUCCCCCCGGCUGCUGCCACCCCUGUGCCACCUGCCUGCUCUGCCUCUACAGCUGCCACUGGGUCACUCCCAAGAAGAGGAAGGGCCUGAAAACCAGCAAGUGCGACUGCAGCUGGUUCCUUUUCCUCUUCUGCGUCUUCCUCUUCACACUGGUGUGGCUCUACUUCACCAUCGUCAUCCUCAAUGAUUUCCACAACUUCAAUGAGUUCAUCUUCAAGCAGAGGAAGUUGUGGCUAGACUGGUCCCUGGUCCUGCUAAUAGCUACGGCCACGCUGAUCACCUACUCGGCUGUGCUGCUGGUCCUUGCUUUGUGCUUGCAGCUCUGUGGCCAGCCCUUGAAACUACACUGGCUGCAUAAGAUCCUACUGAUCUUAACUGCCCUGGUGGUGGCUGCAGCCUUCACAGGGCUGGGAAUAAAGUGGGCGGAGGAGUGGAGAAGUGCACGUAUCUCCCUGCAGGCAACAGGUCCCUUCCUGCACAUUGGAAUUGUGGGGGGAAUGACGCUCCUUGCCUGGCCCCUGGCCAGCUUCAUCUACCGCACCCGCAACAAAGGUCUCAAAGUAUUUCUGCUGCUUGUGUACUGCGCGGUGAUGAUCGCACUGUAUCUGGCUCCUCUGGGAAUCACCUCCCCUUGCAUCAUGGAGGAGAACCAGCUGCCUCCCAAGCCUGCCCUAGUUGGCCACCGAGGAGCCCCCAUGCUGGCCCCCGAAAACACCCUCAUGUCACUGCACAAGGCGGUGGACUGUGAUGUGCAAGUCUUUGAGACAGACGUCAUGGUGAGUGCUGACGGGGUCCCGUUCCUCAUGCAUGACGAGGAACUCACCAGGACCACCAAUGUGCAGGCUGUGUUCCCCGAGAGGGCUGCCCUGAACAGCACCGCCUUCAACUGGACAGACCUCCAGCAGUUGGAUGCUGGCAGCUGGUUCCUGGAGCGGAGGCCUUUUCCCACUGUGCAGAGUCUUUCUGCUGGCGAUCGCUACCAGGUGACUAAACAGAGGAUCCCAUCCCUGGAACAGGCGCUAGAGGCAGCCAAGCAGAGUAAUAUCUCCAUCAUGUUCGACCUCCGGCCCGAGAACCACAGUGACUACCAGAGCUUUGUCAAUGCCACCCUGAAAGUGAUCUUACAGUCAGGCAUCCCACUGCAGCAGGUCCUCUGGCUGCCGGAUGGGUUCAGGGAAGAGGUCAAACAGCGAGCCCCAGGCGUUCAGCAAAUCUAUGGCCGGAAGAGACUCCAGAAUGAGAAGGAGCCACUGCUGCAUGUCAAUCUGCCCUACCAGGACAUGAGCUCUGAGGAGAUCAGGCAGUACCGCCAGGACAACAUCUCUGUCAACUUGUAUGUGGUGAACCAGCCCUGGCUCUUCUCCGUGCUGUGGUGCUCUGGUGUGAGCUCUGUCACCACCAACGCCUGCCAGGUGCUGAAGGAGAUGAAACACCCCAUCUGGCUGCUCCCCAGCAGCACGUACCUCAUGAUCUGGAUUGUUGUAGACUGCGUGUCCCUUCUUGUCAUCCUCUGGGCCUUCCUCUUGCUGAAGAAAUGCUCACAGAGAAGACAGGCAGUGGAGUCUGAGACUGAUGUGCUUCUCACAAAGAUCAACAGCUUGAUGCAAGAGUGACCCCUCCUGCCUGUGCCAGCCAGCGGAGGGGCAGCCAGAGCCCUGCACAGCUCAAGUGGGAAGCAAUCCUCAGGCCAGCUUCAAGGCUCCUUUCCUUUGCAGACUCCUUCCUGAGCUUCCCAUCCCCUUGUAGCCUUCCUGACUCCUUGCGUGGUGCACAACUGCCCUCAGCCGAGAAGACCUGGAACUGGGUUCCCAGUUGCCGCUGAUAGCAAGGAACUGGAGACUUUGCAGGGUUUUCCUGGGCUGAGUACCUCUCCAGCGGUGCUGGGGCUUAAGGCCUCUGCCCUGGGGUUUGGACACUAGUGGGGGAUUUGAGUCGCUGUUUGGUGGCAGGGGAAGGGCAGCCUCUGCAGCAGCAGCAGCAGCAGCAGCUCUGCAGCCAGUCAUGGGAAACCUUGUUUAAAGUGCUGCUGCCCUGCCCCAUGCCUUGAGGAAUAGGAAGGGGGGCGCGGAGGUGGCUUUUCACAACACGGAGCGGGAGCUGAGCUCUUCCCACGCCCACACUGGACACAAGUCCUGCCCCUGCUACUGCUGGCUUCAUGCUUGUGGGGCAGGGUGCUGGCACCCCAUGCAGCAGUGACUGCCUGUUGCUCUGGGGCAGGGAAAAGGGAGCUGGGCGGGUGGCGGGUGUCUGGGGCUGGCAGGACCACGGUCCCGCUCCUGCUGCUGCCAGGCUUUGGGGGUGUGCGAGGGAGGGGAGCGGUGGGACUCUGCAGUCGGUCACUUCGCAGCAGGGCCUUGAACUUGGAAAGGGGGAUCAGGUCCGUUUUACUUGUCCCUACCUAUUUAUGUCAAUAAAUCAGCGGAGCGGUAGACAGACCCGAAGGCGCCCUGGGCAGAACUGCUCCCCCCCUACCCCGACUCCCGCUCCCCUGCAAGCCCUCCCCCCCCGCCUUCCCCCCGGGUCCCGGCUCUCUGGGGCAGCCGCAGCCCAGCCGGUGCCGGGGCGGGCGGGAUGGCGGCGCGCCCGUGCCAUCUAGUGACGGCGCGGGGAAGCGGUGCGGGGCCGGGCCGGGCCCUCCGCAGCGGGGAGGGACGGGGCGGGGGGGAGGGACGGGGUUCCCCGGGGGGAGGAGGAGGAGAGGGGUGCGCAGGCCGAG